AUGGCAUUGUCGCAGGAGCCCAUCAACUUCGACCUUAUUGAGGAACAAAAAGAGAACGUGAUCAGCCUGAAAGGUGGUAGAAGCGCUGCUUCUUUGGCUCGAAUACUCUCUCCUCGACCAUCAGGCAGUGAAGCGACUGCUGGCGACACAAGAACACUCAACAAUGCCAUUAGAAACGAGUAUGAGAAAGAAUUACAAGCAAUAGACGAAGCAGAUGAUCCACUGGAUAUCUUCACAAGAUAUGUUAACUGGACCCUACAAGCCUACCCUCAGCCGACUUCCAAGGAUGCGCAGCUGUUACCUCUACUCGAGCGAGCGACCAAGACGUUCCUGAAAUCCAAAGACUACAAGAACGACCCGAGGCUACUGAAGCUUUGGUGCCAUUACAUCCACUUCUUCGAUUCGACUCCACGAGAAACAUUCGCAUUCCUGGCUCGGCACAAUAUUGGCGAGCAACUUGCGCUAUAUUACGAAGAGUUUGCUGCUUGGCUAGAAGGUGCUGGCAGAUGGCAUCAAGCAGAUGAAGUCUAUAAUCUGGGACUGGAAAGAGAAGCCCGACCUGCCGAGCGUCUGGCCAGAAAAUACACUCAAUUCCAACAGCGAUAUGCAGCACAACCAGCAACAGAGGAUGCAUCUACUUCUCCAGCAAUGCCCAAGGUUCGCGCGGCUCUAGCAGCAAAGAUAGAUCCUUUUGCGCCCGCCCCAGCAGAUGAGCCACAGCAAUCAUCGAGAUCGGCUCCUUCUAACACAACGAAGUCGAAAAAGCCCAAGAUGGCGAUAUUCUCCGACGAUUCCAAUGCUGAGCAACCACUCCUAGGAACGACAAGCACGAAUGGCUGGAACAGUAUCGGAGACUUACAGGCAAGGAAAAAAGAGAACACAAUCGAAGCACAACCCUGGGCUGGGCAAACACUGAAAGCAGGCAAACGAGCUGGUACUGCCACCAAACUGGAAGUGUUCAAAGACCUGAACAAUGCAUCAAACCUUCGCUCUUCGAAACAACCUGAACCGAUCGUGAAUCCUCGAACGGGCCGUGCAGAACGUGUGUUCGUCGACAUGGAUGCCGUAUACGCCGGGAAUGGAGACGAAUUCAGCUUCGAAGAGCUGCGAGCACUGCAUCGAGGUUGGGCAGGUAUGAACUGGAGGAAGAAUAUACCCGUGUUGAGAGAGAAUGCCAAUGUCAGAACGACGGCCGAAAAGUACAAGUCGAAAGAACCAGAAGACCUGGAAAAUCUAACCGCCUGCUUCGACCAAAAGCUGGAUAUCGUCGAGUCGACACAACCACAAGACCUGGUAGAGCAACCGAAGCUCCCGAAGCAGAAGAAGCUCAAGGUCAGAGAGGUCAAGCAAGAGACACAAACUGUGAGACUGCGAAGCGACUCACCUAGCAAGCCCAAACCACGUAAGAGGAUUGCAGCUGAACCAACCAUGACCAUGAACAGCCGAGCUGCCAACAACGAUAUUUACGACAUGUACAAUAAUGCCUCGAGACAACCUGGCAAAGACGACACUCGGAGUGGUGCGGAAACCGAAUUCGAGGAUGACACUUUCAGUGCAGGUGAAAGUAUUGACACUGGUAGAGUUUCCACCACUAACAGUGAAUAUGGCGAUGACACUAUUAGCUCGAUGCGUUCUUUUGGUGUAGACGACACAAAUGCUUCACCUUGGUCCGAUUUCACAGUUAGUAAGAUACCCAAAGCACUCAAAAAGGCACGAUCCACCAAGCACAAGCGACACCAUAGUGAAGAUCAGACAGAAGACCUAUCCGGUUACCACGACCAAAGUCAGGACGGCCUAGACACUCAAGCAAUCGCCGAUCUAGCAAACCAAGAUUUCGGAGAGCUUGAUACCAUGGCAAUUGCCCGAAUGGCUGGAAAUGCCACUGAAGUCAUAGACCUUACCAAGGAUGAAGAUGAAGAGGACGAGCUCGCUACACCAGUUGAGACACCGCAGCCCGAUCCAUUCGAGGCCAUCAAGGGGCUCGACCAGGAUGAACACAUACCGAUACAGCCGGAAGACUAUGAGCCAACACCAAUGCGUCCUUAUCGAGACCCUAGCUUGGCUGCUCAAAGCAAGUUACCAUUUAUGACACCGAUCGUCGAGCAAACCGAAAGCUCUCUCGCCGCCUCAACCAUAUAUCAGAGUCACUUUGCAACAGCAAAGACGCCUAGUAGACAUGCGACCAAGUCAGAAGCCAAGCUCGAAAGCCCUUCCAAACUCAACGUUAUCGACCUCCUACUCGAAAGUCCCAGGCCGAGCAGCGCUAAGAGGAGGAACAGCGAAGAAGAUGCUAAUGAACACUCUCCAAAGAAGCUCGUUGCCGAGUCACCAUUGAGUGGGAAUCAAAAAAUUCUUUUCCCGGUGCUGGAAGAGAGACAUGCGGACUCGAGUCUCAGGAAGACAGCGGAAGAUGUUUUUGCAGCUCCAACCUCACCAGUGAAAGCCUUGGUCAAACCUGCUGCAGUCAUCAAGAAGAUAAUCCACAAAGGUCCCAUCAUAAACGAUGCGGUCUGCAACCCGUGCGACGAUACUGUGAUAGACCAAAUAUUGAAGACUGUCCAUCCUGCACCGUCCAGUUACCCAGGCUUUUUCGAUCAUACGCCUGAAAACUCCAACCAGUUCGGUCAAAUCCGAUCUUAUACAAGGAAGCUGGCAAAGCAGACCAGCAAAUCUAGCCCGAGGAAGGCAUUGAGCGAGAGUGUGCGGGGCAUGGCUCCCGUGCUGAAAUUCAAGGGUACCAGCCGAGUGUAUGCGAUCAAGCGAGAACUUGGCGAGGGAGCAUUUGCACCUGUAUACCUCGUUGACAGUGUUGAGCAAGAGGGCGACGAAAAUACAACCAGCACAGGCGGACGUGGUCCAGUCGAAGCCUUGAAAGCAGAGAAUGAGCCAAAGACACUUACGUGGGAAUUCCACAUCUUGCACCUGCUAAAAUUCAGGCUAGGUCAUAGCUCGAGGGCAAUGGAAUCGAUCAUCCUGGCUCAUGAGUGUCAUCUAUACCGUGACGAGUGCUAUCUGGUCCUCGAGUACCACUCUCAGGGAACUUUACUGGACCUCGUCAAUCAAUGUCGAGCCGAUAGUGCUAGAGCUGGCAAGACAGCGGAAGGUCUUGAAGAGCCGGUCGCCAUGUGGUUAAGUGUUGAGCUGCUUCGAACAAUCGAUGACAUCCACAGAGUUGGAAUUUUGCAUGGUGAUCUCAAGGCAGACAAUUGCCUGGUAAGGUUGGAUGCAGAAACAGAUUUGAGUGGACCUUACAACCGCCGUGGUCGAGACGGGUGGAACAAGAGAGGUCUAACACUGAUUGACCUCGGUCGAGGCAUUGAUACACGGGCGUUCAAGCAUGAAACACGCUUCAUUGCUGACUGGAAAGCGCAAGAUACGGAUUGUCCCGAGAUUCGAGAAGCCAAGCCAUGGAAAUGGGAGAUUGAUCUGUUUGGUGCGGCUGGUGUGAUCCAUUCAUUACUGUUCGGGAAAUACAUCGAGACUGUCUCUGUUAGUGGUGGAGGCCUCGGCCAGAAGAAAGAGUGGAAACUGCGGGAGAACUUCAAGCGGUAUUGGGAGAAAGAUAUCUGGACAGAAGUGUUCAGCGUGCUUAUCAACGGAGGAGGCAAGAAAGAGGAUGAGGUCCGCAAGGAUCUCCAGCGACUUCGGGGCAUGAUGGAAGAAUGGCUCGAAACUGAGAGUGAACGCAACGGACGAGAUCUCAGAGCUGGAAUUAGACGGUGUGAGAGGCUUGUUGGUGCCGGCACUGGGCCGAAGGGGAGACGGUAG